AUGGAGGAGCGUCCGGCCCGGCUGCCCCCUGACCCCCUUCCCAACGGAUUUGGUGCCACCACCCAAUCCGCCUUCGCCCGGAUACCCCCGUCAUCCCGAGGCGUCGCUUUCGGCGGACACCGGGAAUCCGGCGCUGGCUUUUUGCUCUCGCUGGCUGCUUUUUCCACUCUGAUUUUUGGGAUGGAUGGAGGAGGAUUGGGAUCGCUCUGGCACCGGAAUCUCCGUUCCCUUUGGACAGCGGUGGCCGUGCAGGGUGCAGCGGGAACCCCGAGGGCGGAAGAAGAAGGGCCGUUCCGGGAUGAAGCUGAGGGCGAUCCACACUUGUCACCCCGUAUCAAACCCGGAAUCCAUCGGAAUGAAACCGGAUUUACCCUGUUUUCCUCACCCCGUCGCUUUGCCGAUGGGUUUUGCCCGCGGUGGGCUCCGGCAGUUUCUCCGGCUCUCGACUCCUCCAAACCUGUCGGCACUAAGGCGGCAUCCAGGGAACCUUCCGGCCUUCGGAAUCCCCUGGAGCUGGGGAUACAGGACACGUGCACCAACGGGCACUUGAUGUGCGCCGGCUGCUUCAUCCACCUCCUGGCAGACGCUCGGCUCAAGGAGGAACAAGCCACUUGCCCAAACUGCCGCUGCGAGAUCAGUAAGAGCUUGUGUUGCCGGAAUUUAGCCGUGGAAAAAGCCGUCAGCGAGCUGCCUUCCGAAUGCGGCUUCUGCAUGCAGCAAUUCCCGCGAUCCCUCUUGGAGAGGCACCAGAAGGAGGAAUGUCAGGACAGGGUGACCCAAUGCAAAUACAAGCGGAUCGGUUGCCCGUGGCAAGGGCCGUACCACGAGUUGACGGUGCACGAAGCCGAAUGCACCCACCCUACCAAAACCGGUAACGAGCUGAUGGAGAUUUUAGACGAAAUGGACCAAACGAGGAAAAAAGAAAUGCAGCUUUACAACAGCAUCUUCAGCCUCCUCAGCUUCGAGAAGAUCGGCUACACAG